AGAACAGCCCACAUUGCAGCUUUGCCCCCGCACGCAAGCAAACCUUCACAGCUGACUGACAGGCAUCUCUCGCCUGAAACUGAAACUGAAAGGACCGGAUCUGGGAGGAAUGGUUCCAAGAUGGAUCCUCGUUCUUCCGGUGCUGCUGCUUGCUUUGGCCUUCCAGGCCAUUCUCCGGGCACCGCCUCCAAAACUGUGCGGUUCCGCCGGCGGGCCUCCAGUGACGUCUCCCAGGAUCAAGCUCAGGGAUGGAAGGUACCUCGCGUACCGGGAAGAUGGAGUGCAGAGAGACAAGGCCAAGUACAAGAUCAUCACGGUGCAUGCGUUUGAUAGCACCAAGGACUUACCCCCACCUGUUUCCAAGGAGCUCGUGGAAGAACUGGGAAUUUACCUCGUUGCAUUCGAUAGAGCAGGGUACGGGGAAAGUGACCCGAACCCUGGUAGGAAUGUCAAGAGCGAGGCACUGGAUAUCGAGGAGCUCGCUGACCAGCUGGAGCUUGGACAGAAGUUCCAUGUCUUGGGGGUCUCGAUGGGAGGAUACUCAAUUUGGGGAUGCCUCCAGUAUAUACCUCACAGGCUUGCAGGAGCUGCGCUAGUUGUGCCAGUUAUCAACUACUGGUGGCCUUCUUUUCCAGCAGAGUUGUCCAGGCAAGCCUUCAAGAAGAUGGUUGUGCCAGAGCAGAGGACCCUCUGGAUUGCACACAAUGCGCCUUACCUGCUAUACUUGUGGAUGACACAGAAGUGGCUCCCUUCUUCUGCAGCAGCCAUGCAUCAUCCUGAAAUAUUUAGCAAGCAUGAUGUGGAGGUGAUUCAGAAAAUGAUGGCAAUGCCAAGAUUCAUUGAGAAUAAAUCAAGGCAGCAAGGCGUUUAUGAAUCAAUCCAUCGUGAUUUACUUGUUGCUUUUGGAAACUGGGAGUUUGAUCCAAUGAAUAUUACAAAUCCAUUUCCUACAAAUGAGGGUGCUGUGCACAUCUGGCAAGGAUACGAAGAUAGGCUGGUGCUGGUUGAGCUGCAGCGGUACAUUUCAAAGAAGCUCCAGUGGGUCAAGUAUCAUGAAGUCCUAGAAGGUGGACAUAUGUUCAUGCUGGUAGAUGGAUGGACUGACAAAAUCAUCAAGACACUCUUGGUAGGAGAAGAGGCAUCACCUAUGUGACUGAAGAUUCAUCUUUGAACUGUUGGGCGGUGAAGAUGCUACUAAGAUUUUUUUUCCAUUGGAACCAUAUUUGUCCUAUGUGACCAUACUUUCACUUGCUCACUUUAAACUCUUUCUCCAGUACAAUAAGAAAUUAAAGUACGCGAUA